CGUGCGGCCUAGCGUCUCAGAGUGCCUCGUGAAGAAUGUGAUGGGACCACUAGCAUGUCUACGGAGAGCGGCCCUGGGACAAGAUUGAGAAAUCUGCCAGUAAUGGGGGAUGGACUAGAAACUUCCCAAAUGUCUACAACGCAGGCCCAGGCCCAACCCCAGCCAGCAAAUGCAGCCAGCACCAAUCCUCCACCCCCAGAGACCUCCAACCCUAACAAGCCCAAGAGGCAGACCAACCAACUGCAAUAUCUGCUCAGAGUGGUGCUCAAGACACUAUGGAAACACCAGUUUGCGUGGCCUUUCCAGCAGCCUGUGGAUGCCGUCAAGCUGAACCUCCCUGAUUACUAUAAGAUCAUUAAAACACCCAUGGAUAUGGGAACAAUAAAGAAGCGCUUGGAAAACAACUAUUACUGGAAUGCUCAGGAAUGUAUCCAGGACUUCAACACUAUGUUUACAAAUUGUUACAUCUAUAACAAGCCUGGAGAUGACAUCGUCUUAAUGGCAGAAGCUCUGGAGAAGCUCUUCUUGCAAAAAAUCAAUGAACUGCCUACAGAAGAAACUGAGAUCAUGAUAGUCCAGGCAAAAGGAAGAGGACGAGGGAGGAAAGAAGCAGGUAGGACAGCAAAGCCUGGUGUAUCCACGGUACCAAACACAACUCAAGCAUCAACUUCUCCGCAAACCCAGACACCUCAGCAGAACCCUCCUCAACCUGUGCAGGCCACAACUCACCCCUUUCCUGCUGUCACCCCAGACCUCAUUGCGCAGCCUCCUGUCAUGACAAUGGUGCCCCCCCAGCCACUUCAGACUCCUUCACCAGUACCCCCCCAGCCACCACCUCCACCUGUUCCAGUUCCACAGCCUGUGCAGAGUCACCCACCUAUCAUUGCGACCACCCCACAGCCUACGAAGACAAAGAAAGGGGUGAAGAGGAAAGCAGAUACCACCACUCCCACCACCAUCGACCCCAUUCAUGAGCCGUCCUCAUUGGCCCCAGAGCCCAAGACCGCCAAGCUGGGUCCUCGGCGGGAGAGCAGCAGACCUGUGAAGCCCCCAAAGAAGGAUGUACCAGACUCACAGCAGCACCCAGGGCCAGAGAAGAGCAGCAAGAUCUCUGAGCAGCUAAAGUGCUGCAGUGGCAUCCUCAAGGAAAUGUUUGCCAAGAAACAUGCUGCCUAUGCCUGGCCUUUCUACAAGCCUGUGGAUGUGGAGGCACUGGGUCUGCACGACUACUGUGACAUCAUUAAACAUCCCAUGGACAUGAGCACAAUCAAGUCUAAACUAGAGUCUCGGGAAUACAGAGAUGCCCAGGAAUUUGGUGCUGAUGUCCGAUUGAUGUUCUCCAACUGCUACAAGUAUAACCCCCCUGACCAUGAAGUGGUAGCCAUGGCUCGAAAACUCCAGGAUGUGUUUGAAAUGCGCUUUGCCAAGAUGCCUGAUGAGCCUGAAGAGCCAGUUGUUAUGGUGUCCUCCCCUGCAGUGCCACCCCCUACAAAGGUGGUAGCCCCGCCCUCAUCUAGUGACAGCAGCAGUGAUAGUUCGUCCGACAGUGACAGUUCCUCUGACGACUCCGAGGAAGAGCGAGCCCAGCGGCUGGCUGAGCUCCAGGAGCAGCUCAAAGCCGUGCAUGAGCAGCUUGCAGCCCUCUCACAGCCCCAGCAGAACAAACCAAAGAAAAAGGAGAAGGACAAGAAGGAAAAGAAAAAGGAAAAGCACAAAAAGAAAGACGAAGUGGAUGAAAAUAAAAAAAGCAAAACCAAGGAACUUCCUCCUAAAAAGACAAAGAAAAAUAACAGCAGCAACAGCAGUAUGAGCAAGAAAGAACCAGCACCCACGAAGACCAAGCCGCCUCCCACAUAUGAAUCUGAAGAAGAGGACAAGUGUAAGCCCAUGUCUUACGAGGAGAAGCGGCAGCUAAGUCUAGAUAUCAACAAGCUUCCUGGUGAGAAGCUAGGCCGUGUAGUACACAUAAUUCAGUCGAGAGAACCAUCACUUAAAAACUCCAACCCUGACGAGAUUGAGAUUGAUUUUGAGACCUUAAAGCCAUCUACACUACGAGAGUUGGAGCGAUAUGUCACCUCCUGUUUGCGGAAGAAAAGGAAACCUCAAGCUGAAAAAGUUGAUGUGAUUGCUGGUUCUUCCAAGAUGAAGGGCUUCUCAUCCUCUGAGUCGGAGAGCACCAGCGAAUCUAGCUCCUCUGACAGUGAAGACUCUGAAACAGAAAUGGCUCCCAAGUCAAAAAAGAAGGGGCACACUGGGAGGGACCAGAAAAAGCAGCAUCAUCAUCACCAUCCACAGAUGCAGCCAGCCCCAGCUCCUGUGCCCCAGCAGCCGCCCCCACCUCCACAGCAGCCUCCUCCACCCCCACCUCCGCAGCAGCAGCAGCAGCAGCCACCCCCACCCCCACCACCUCCUCCCUCCAUGCCACAGCAGACUGCCCCAGCGAUGAAGUCCUCGCCCCCACCCUUCAUCACUGCCCAGGUACCCGUCCUGGAACCACAGCUACCAGGCAGUGUCUUUGACCCUAUUGGCCACUUCACCCAGCCCAUCUUGCACCUGCCGCAGCCGGAGCUGCCUCCUCACCUGCCCCAGCCACCUGAGCACAGCACUCCACCCCAUCUCAACCAGCAUGCUGUGGUCUCUCCUCCAGCUUUGCACAAUGCACUGCCCCAACAACCAUCUCGGCCCAGCAACCGAGCCGCCGCUCUGCCCCCAAAGCCUACCCGACCCCCAGCUGUGUCUCCUGCCCUGGCCCAGCCCUCCCUGCUCCCACAGCCACCUAUGGCUCAGCCCCCCCAAGUGCUGCUGGAGGAUGAAGAACCGCCUGCCCCGCCCCUCACCUCCAUGCAGAUGCAGUUGUACCUACAGCAGCUGCAGAAGGUGCAGCCUCCCACACCACUACUCCCUUCCGUGAAGGUGCAGUCCCAACCCCCACCUCCGUUCCCGCCACCACCCCACCCUUCUGUGCAACAGCAGCAGCAGCUCCAGCAGCAGCCUCCACCACCCCCACCUCCUCAGCCACAACCACCACCCCAGCAACAACACCAGCCCCCACCACGACCAGUUCACUUGCCAUCCAUGCCCUUUUCUGCUCACAUUCAGCAGCCCCCACCACCCACAGGACAGCAGCCUACCCACCCACCCCCAGGACAGCAGCCACCCCCACCACAGCCUGCCAAGCCUCAGCAAGUUAUCCAGCAUCACCCUUCACCCCGGCACCACAAGUCAGACCCCUACGCAGCUGGUCAUCUUCGUGAAGCUCCCUCUCCGCUUAUGAUACAUUCCCCUCAGAUGCCACAGUUCCAGAGCCUGACUCAUCAGUCUCCUCCCCAGCAAAACGUCCAGCCUAAGAAGCAGGUAAAGGGCAGGGCUGAGCCACAGCCCCCAGUGCCAGUCAUUGGCCGAGGCCAGGGAUGCCCACCUGCCUCACCGGCUGCCGUACCUAUGCUGUCCCAGGAGCUGCGCCCACCCUCAGUCGUCCAGCCCCAGCCCCUGGUGGUAGUAAAAGAGGAGAAGAUUCACUCACCAAUCAUCCGCAGCGAGCCUUUCAGCACCUCACUUCGACCAGAGCCCCCCAAGCACCCAGAGAACAUCAAGGCCCCAGUCCACCUGCCCCAGCGGCCUGAGAUGAAGCCUGUAGAUGUAGGGAGGCCUGUAAUCCGGCCUCCAGAGCAGAGUGCACCCCCACCAGGGGCUCCUGACAAGGACAAACAGAAACAGGAGCCAAAAACACCAGUGGCACCCAAAAAGGACCUGAAAAUUAAGAACAUGGGCUCCUGGGCCAGCCUGGUACAGAAGCAUCCGACCACCCCAUCCUCCACAGCCAAGUCCUCAAGUGACAGCUUUGAACAUUUCCGCCGUGCUGCUCGGGAGAAGGAGGAGCGGGAAAAGGCCCUGAAGGCUCAGGCUGAGCACGCAGAGAAGGAGAAGGAGCGGCUGAGGCAGGAGCGCAUGAGGAGCCGAGAGGAUGAGGAUGCGCUGGAACAGGCACGUCGAGCCCAUGAGGAGGCACGACGGCGCCAGGAGCAGCAGCAGCAGCAGAGACAGGAGCAGCAGCAGCAGCAACAGCAGGCAGCUGCUGUGGCCGCUGCCUCCGCCCCCCAGGCCCAGAGCUCCCAGCCCCAGUCUAUGCUGGACCAGCAGAGAGAGUUGGCCCGAAAACGAGAGCAGGAGCGGAGGCGCAGGGAGGCAAUGGCAGCUACAAUUGACAUGAAUUUCCAGAGUGAUCUUUUGUCAAUAUUUGAAGAAAAUCUUUUUUGAGAGCACCCAGGUGACUUCUGACUUUUUCUGGCAAAAACGUUGACUCUCUAUAGUGUUAGGGCGGCAGUGGAAGCAGCAGCAGCAGCAGCCGCCAGGGAUGGCUCUGGGCCUGGCUCUCCUGCAUGCUAUGCCCGGGGCAGGCCUGACGGGCAGCUGAGGAUCGCAGAGCCCAUCUGCCUUACAGCCAGCCGGACAGACGUCCUACCACAUGCCACCCCCUCAGAGGACGUCGGUUCAGAGCACGUCUCCAUGAGUCAAGUGCCGGCUGGACCUGAGCCUGCUUCCCCGCGUGCGGGGCAGAGGCCUUUCUCUGCGCCAAAUGUCUACACAGUAUACACAGGACAUUGUUGCUGCCGCCACCGUGACUGGUUUUCUGUCCCUGAGAACAUGACGUUUGUGACGUCCUACCCGUUGGGAGUCCUUCACACCCCAGCCAUCGCUGCCCACUCCCAGGAGGCCAGGGCAGGCCUGUGUGGACUGGAGCAGCAAGGCACUGGCCCACCCCUUGCUGGCACUGACUUUGCCUUGAACAGACCCUCUCCCCUCCCCCCACAAGCCUUUAAUUGAGAGCCGCUCUCUAUAAGUGUUCGCUUGUGCAAAAGGGAAUAGUGCCGUGGAAGUGUGUGUGUGUCCAUGGCAAUUUGAACAGAGGUGACUGUUCACAUGUAUGGACAGGCCUCGCCUGGGGAGUAAGGCCACCAACCAAAGUCAGUUCCUUCCCACCUGUGUUUCUGAUUUUGUUUUUUUUUUUCCUAUAUAUAUAUAUUUUUUGUUGUUGUUGAAUUCUAUUUUAUUUUUAACUCUCUCUUCUCCUCAGACACAGUGAGUGGCACUGCUUAUCUCCAAAUGGUGUGAUGGUCUCCUCACUGAGCGGCAGUCCCACUGCACUGUGGGUAGUGUGUGACCGUGGCUGUACUGUAUAGUGAACAUAGUUGGCAUAUCUUUGUUUGAAGUUUGUUGGUGACUCCACCAAACUGGUGUAAAAAACAAAAACAAACAAAUCCAUGAACCACCCAACACACACAAAAAAAUCCUGCUUGUAUUCAGUUUCAAAAUUUAUUAGUCUUAUUUUUAAUUAUAAAACCAGAAAGCUGCAAUUUCUUUUCGCUCUACCCCUUAUUUGUUGGCUUCUUUGGUUUUUUUUUGUUUUGUUUUGUUUUGUUUUUUUGGGGUUUUUUGUUUGUUUGUUUGUUUUUUUUAAUGUCAAGUCUGUUUGUUUUUACCAAGAAAGGGAGAGCCUGGGGAGGGCUCCAGGCCCUGGUUGGCUACAGAGGUCACCAUCCAGCACCUGGUCAGACCAGCGCGCUGCGCCUUCCUUCCUAUUAGUGUUGUUUUGUUUUUAAAUUGGAGCCCCUGGUGAGGUUACAUGUGCCAUGAGAUCCCAGUCUCACCACAGUGCUGGUGCCUCGGUGUUGGCCAAACUCUGGAGUCACUGACUGCUUUGACUUUCAUGUCGUGAAUAUGCAUUUGGUCUGUACUGAUCAUGGAAUAAACACAUCUCUCUUUUUUAAUGCUGGUGUCUCCCUGAAAUUUCUUUGUGAACCAACUAGGUAUUGUAGUUUGCUUAGGCUAGCUCCAGGUUCCCAGGCACCUUUGUGUAAGAUUUACCAACAGUGGGCACAGAACCGCUCUCCAGCGGCCAGUCCUGCCUUUCCUUUCCUGGGCAGGAGCUUCUUGGGCUCGGAGUUCCCACAAGCUGACGUUCUAAUAGGGAGCCAGACGCCCUGUAACUACUUGGACUGGGUGGUGAUGAGGCUCAGUGAAACUUGGCCAGUAUCCAGACCACAUUCUUACUGAAGGUCCUGCUCCAUCCUAGUCUCUUCUUCACACAAGGCUUGGGGCCACUUUUCCCACCAUGCUUGCCUCUACCUAACUCCUAAUUUGAUUUAAGCUCAGGGUUAACCACAUACUCUUAGGUAAUGUACAUUCCCUCAAAAUAGUAUCUCUGUAUCCCCACACAUAAAUACAUUUCCACUGAGAAAAGCCCCCAGAUGGCUUCCCCGCCUUGUGCCCACUUGUUCACACAAGCCCCAGCACCCAAAAACAGUCUCUAUGAUGUAAGAUAAGUAAUUAGACGUAUGCAGAGGCAAGUUGACUGAACUGUUCUAGCACUCUAAAUCCGUAUCUCCCACUCCUCAACCAGAAAGACCAAACCUCACAGUGGAGGCACAGUUCAGGUACCAGUCAAUGCUCACCUCCUCCCUACCCAGAAGCCUCUGCCCUGCUCCAGGCAUUUCAUACAUGACUGUGCUGCAGUGACAGCUUGAGUCCUGAGGUUUCUUCUACCACACCCCGCCCUCUUGUUUUUCUCUUGUUCAGAUACUUCCUCAUGUUGGGCCCCACUUCUGAGGUGGGGGAAAUAGUUUCAGCUGUACCUUCUUGCUCAAGUUUUGAAUGGCCUCCACACCUUCCUGAUGGGUGUUCCUCUGACUGGGUUGUAAUUAGAACUGGGAUCUAUUUAAUUUUUCUGACCAUUUUCAAAUCCUUCCUGCAGUACUAGGCAUCUUAGUCCUAUACAAGAAUAAGAGGUGUGUACAAGCCCCCACUGUACUGUAUGCACGGGUCGCUCAGCCAAUAAUUAUGUCAGUGAAUCUGAGACUUGUAUUAAAAUACUUUAGACAUUUGUAGAAGGGAAUUCAUAGACUUUUCACUUAUAUACUUAAAGGGUUUUUUUGUGCAGUUCUCAUUGCAAAAAUAAACAUUUGUACUGAAUAUAAA